AUGAGCUCCAAUUCCAACGUCGGCGACCACCGCACCUACGAGGCUGGCGACCAGCGCAACUACAGCAAAGGCGAGAAGCAGGAGGCCGAGCGCUACAAGGAGGGCCAGCCUCACUCUCACCUUGCUCAAGACUCCAAGGACGAGCGAUCGAUCGCAAACAAGCUCGGACGCGAAGAGAAGCGUCAGAACGAGCCUGAGCCGGAGAAGGAUAUGGAGACGAAGCAGAGCAAGAUUGAUCCUACACUGCCGGCCAAGGCGCAUGGCAACGAGCCAUCGUCCGGCGCGAAGAAGGACAAGGAGAUUGAGGACGAGGAGGCGGAGAUGUUGAAGAAGAAGGGGGCGUUUGGGCCUCAGUAG